CAGGAAACGAAACGCUACAGAAGUAACCACGUUAACCGCCAAUAAAACCGGAAAAAGAGGACUCACGUGCACAUUUACAAAGAUCAUAAAUAGAUAAAGAGUAACUUAACAGAGUAAAUCUUCAAGAUGGGGGAUGAUAACAACACCAGCGUUAUUACAACACCAACUGUUUUAGAAACAACAACAGCAACGACUAUGUCAUCAACUACGUCAACAACGACUACGCCAACAACAGCAACAUCGCCAAAUCUGGAAUCGUAUAAACCAACAGCCAGACUAAAUUCACUUGUAAAAUUCCACCCCAAACGGACAAUAGAUAUGAGUAAGGAUAGAAAAAAUUCAUCUAGUCCACUAACAACAACAACAGCAGCAGCAGUAGCAGCAACAACUACAGCUGCUACUCCUUCAAAAUCUAGCAACAAUAACAGCAGAAGCAUUUGCAGCAGCAGCCCUACAAGCUACGCCAGCAACGGCAAAUUCGAUUUCAGAAAACCGACAACAUGUAACUGUAAAUACGAUUCGAAGAACAAAACUUCUGAAAUCGAAAAGCUAAGGCGAGACUUAGCCAAAUGCCAAAACGAGCUAAGAGAGGAACUCGAAAAGCGAGGGCAGUCUAGCUCGACCCAAACCACAUCGGCUCGAGAAAGGGCCAAACUUCUCAAAGAAAUUAGCGACUUGAGCGUUUCCAAGAAGCGGCUGGAAUCGGCGCUGGGGUCGGCGUCUGCAGCUCUGAAACAGAAGACACAUGAGCUGCAAUUAGCCAGGGAAGCAUGCAAGCAACAGAUAGCUUGCGCGGAGAAAUCGGCGAACAUGGAGAUCAAAAAACUAUUGGAACUGUUGAAACAAAAGGACCACACGCUGGCCGCAUUGGAUCGAAAUCAAUACUCUGAUAGGAGCGUUCAACUGAAACUUAUACAACAGCAGCAACUGUCGUUACUACAGCAGCAACAACAGCAGCAGCUGUCGUUACUACAGCAGCAGCAGCAACAACAACAGCAGCCACAAUAUAAAUACCCAAGAAAAGGCGAAGGCACUAGUUUUAUUUUGCUGACAAACAAACAAACAAAUGUACAGCAAGAAAAGUUGAAAACCUCAGAAAUGCAAGUGUCUCAACUAAAAGAUGACAAUGGCAUUUUAUCAAAUGAGAAGAAGUCUCUUGAAAACGCGUUGGACAAACUGAAAAGCGAAAAUGAAUUGCUUAAACAAAAAUCCUUGAAAAAAUUAAACUUGGAUGAAGAGCUGGAGAAAAAGACCGUAAGAUUUAUGCUACCGGGGGCUACUAGGCCGAUCAUAAACGGUAGAUUGGCCUAUAAAAAAGACAUGCAGUUCCUAUUCUACGAUGUCAGUAGCGACGAAGACGACGACGACGAUGGUGGUGGUGGUGGCAGUGAUGAUAAUGAUCCAGUUAACGGCGGCGAUGAUGAUGAUGAUAAUGGUGGUGGUGAUGAUGAUGAUGGUGAUCUCAAUGACGAUGAAGCCAAAGAGUUCAAUGGAGAUGAAAGAUUAAUCACCCAAGUUGAUAGACUGAAAAACGAAGAUGAUGAAGAAGAAGAUGAUGAUGAUAACGACGAUGAUGAUGAUAAUGAUGAUAGCGGACUGAGUAAAUCGUACGACGAAGAUGAUGAAGAUGAUGCUGAUGCGAAGAAAGCUGGUGAUGAUUAUGAUGGAGGGAAAGGUUUGGAGAGAGGUGAUGAUGAUGAUGGUGGUGGUGGGGAGGAAGUUAAGAAUGGGAUUGAGUCAGAAUGCACACACGCCGACUACAAGAGGCUGAUGAAGGAGCAUCUAUCGCUGCAAAAAUCAUACGCCGAACUCGCCAAACUUCCAUUGGAUUGGGAGUUGGAGAAAGAGUCGCUCCAGUUGGCAAUCAUAGCUCUGGAAGGCAAGAUACAAGAGUACGAGACGAAGAUAGAGAGACAGACUGUCGAAUUGGAGGACUUGAAAAUCAAAAAUGAAGAAUUGGAAUUCCAAGUUUUGGAGUUUGAAGGAGGAGAUAGUGAGGCGAUGGACAAAGCUGACCUGCUGGCAGAUUGUGCACUGAUCCACAGGAACCAGCAGCUGCAGCUGCAGAUUGACCAGCUGACAAAACAGCUGCAACAGCUUAAAAUAAACAUCGACGAUCACGAUAAUGAUGACGAUGUAGUGACAAUUGGAGCAGUGACUUCAAUAGCUUCACCAUCCACAGCCACCUUGAUAACAAUAUCGUCGUCGUCGUCGUCUUCACCAUCAUCGUCACCAUCACCAUCGUUCGGUUAUGAUGACGAUACAACUGAGGCUAUAACCACCAUUGAUGAUGAUGGUGGUGAUGGUGGCGAUGAUGGUGAUGAUGAUGGAGAGUCGGUCGACUCAAUGCCUCUUGAUACGGCCACACCCGCAGCUGAUAUCAUCGAAAGUGAAACUACACCUCGUCUGCAGGAACAAUCCCAAAAAACAUCAACAACAACCGUACUAAAAGGAGACUCGGAAAUUCUAGAUAAUCAGGACCAUCUCAAGAGAAUUCAAAUCCUCGAAACUCGAUUGGCUAGCAGCAAGCUACGCGAAAAGCAGCUGUUGGAUCAGCUGGCUUUGCUCUGCCAGGAGAAAACUAGACUCUUCCGAGAUUUCCAGAAAAUUGAAAACGAAACCGAAACUCUCGAAUCAAUAUUUCCAACCGAUAUUUCGUUGAUUGUUCACGAUGACGAUAACGACGACAGUGGUUUUGUAAACUAUGAUCUUGAUAAUGAUGACGAUGGUGAUGAUAGUGAUAGCUGUCUCUCGUCCUCCGCCAUUUUGAAUGAAGAAACAAACAACAACAACAACGAUGAUGAUAAUAAUAGCGAUUAUAAUAAGUUUGCAAAUCAAAGUGAAAGUAAAUCGUUGACGUCCUCGAAAUGGAAAUCCCCAGAGAUAGCCAGUUUGAAUAGUAGUGAUGUGCGAUUUUCAAAGUAUGUCCAGUCCAUGACCGGUGAGGACGAGAAUGAAGUGCUACAUCAGAAGGUCUGCAAACUUGAGAAAGACUGCGAGAUCCUAAAAGAAAUAAUUGAGAUGGACGAGUCCAUUAUCUGCGAUCUCCAGCUGAGGGUGGAACAACUUGCUAGCUCGGAAAAAAAUCUAACUGAAUCAGUCGAACGAUUAGAAGGUGCCGAAAAGUCGCUUAAAUUAAAUAGGGAUGAGCUGUUUGACGAGAAUAAAAAAUUGAAGCAGGAGCUAACGCGUAGCAAAUCUCAAGAGGAGCUCUUACAAACGCAACUCAGCGAGUUGAAAUUCGACGAGGACCAAGCGAAGAAGCAGCUGGAGCAGGUGGUUGAGGAUUUGAAACAAACUGACCUCAAGCUGAAAAAGAAAACAGCCGAACAGGAAAAAGAUCGCCAGAGUUGGCUGUCCACUGUCGAAAAACUAGAAGACAGAAACGGCGAAUUAGAAUCACUGGUGGAACUUUUGAAAAGACGAAAUCAAAACCUGCAGAGGCUCUCAGAAGACACUGAGAGGAAGCUAAUAGAUUCGGAAAACCAAUCAAGACGACUGAAACAGCAGGCCGAUUGCAUGGAACUGCAGCGAGAUGCAUUCGUAUGCAGGAUUCAAAACUUCGAGAAAGAACGAAACAUUUUACUAGAAAAAUCCAACAACCUAGCCGAGAAACUAGAAGAAAAGACAUCCAUCAUAGACCUACUGAACGUUGAAAUCGGCGGGUUAAGAGCCAGAUUGGAAGCCGAUGAAGAGGAAAUAACAAAGUGGAUAAGCAAAGUGGAAUAUGGCAAUGAUGCACAGCUGAUUCUGAUGCAAGCCAUAGAGGAAUUGAGGAAUGAGAAUGAAUCACUGAAUGAAAAUUGUAAAGGAUUAGAGCGACGGAUUUAUAAAAUUCAGACUAAACAAAAGCCGGACUUGUCAUCUGUUGAGACCCAAACAAGCAACAACAACACCAACAAAAAUAAUCAGACAUCAGAUAAAGCGCUACACAAAUUUUUUCACAAUCUAAAUUUCAAUUUCCAUGGCAACAACAACCACAGUUACCAUAGCAACGCUCUGCAGAAGUGUCGAUCUCUCGUCGACUUAUCAUUGGUCAACAUUAUGUACGACAGACAUACGCAGACUUUGACAGCUCCGAUGCAUAAAAUCUGCCCAACUCCCCACAACAACAACAACCACCUAAAAUAUGACGCCGAUAAUAAGGUUCCAGCCAUGAGCGCUCUAGAAUCAACAAAUUCAUUGAUUCCGUUAAAUAGAAGAUAUUUCAGCCAAUCGCAAUCGCCGAUCAAUAUUUUGUCCAGUCCACCGAUAUUUAAACCGACCAAUGAGAGUUCGGGUAGCAAACUUGGUGGUCUCCUAUUGGUUAGCAGGUGCAAUAGUGCGUCAUCUCAUUCUAGCAGCACUAGGGCACCAUCUGUCGACUUGCACCCUUCCCUGCUAGUCGCCGCCCCUCGUAAAUGAUUGGUGGGUGGUAGUGAAGCCCUGUACAUAAUAAUUAUAAUUGUAUAAUAUAAUUUAAUAUAAUAAUAUAAUAAUAAUGAUAUAAUAAUAAUAAUGAUGAUGAUGAUGAUGGUAACGAGGUUAUUCGUUUGACUUAUUGGAAUCAGGAUGUGUUGUUAUGAUGAACGGUGCUACGUGUUUGUCCAGUAUGAAUUAUUUUUGUAAGAAAAGCCGACGGAAAAUAUCAAAAAAAAGAGAAAAAUAUACAAAUACAAAAAAAAUUACAAAAAACAUUAAAAAGUACCAAAAAAAAAUACUGAAACUAUCAUCAAGACGACGACUACUACAACAACUACUACUACUACCACCCGAUCAACAGCGCCAUUUGUUGGAAGAAAUUUUCAACUGUUGAGAAAUGAGAUGUCAACAUUUGUAAAAAUAUUUCCAACCACAUUAACGACGAAAAAUUGUACGCUACGGCCAAUCAACCAUAGCCAGCUGCUUGGAUGACGUCAUUUGUUUUCUGUUUCAGCUGCAGUAACUAGCUAAGGAUGGCAGCUAGGCUACUGAUCAGCUUAGCUUGGAUAAACAGCUAGGCUACUGAUCAGCUUAGCUUGGAUAAACAGCUAGGCUAAUGAUCAGCUUAGCCGUGAUAACAGCUGUUUGCUCUUAGCUGGCAGCAUCAUUCAGCAUGUAACGAUAAGAUCUGUAUUUAUUAUAUUCGUUGGUGCUUGCACGUUGUCCUCAUGUCAACAACAGCAUGACGACGACGACGAUGAUGAUGAUCUCAAGAUGAUGAUGAUUAUGAUGAUGAAAAGAUGACAAUCAUCAUCAAGAUCGUCAUCAAUUCGAAGCAGAAGUAUUACACGCACCUUUUGUACAUACAACUACUUUUACAAGCAGCUGGCUAAUGCAACUUUACUCGGGUUUAGUGUUCAGUGAAGAAUCAAUCUCAUGAAAGAUGAAAUUUUAUGUAGCGUGAUUUUUUAGUUAAGAAACAUUCUUUCAAACUUUUGUUUAGUAACCUUCGAGUUUUUUUUGGAAAAAUGGAAAUGUCGAUUUUCGGAACUGAAACUGAAUUAAACGCUAUAUAAAUGAAAAUUAUUUGAUGAAUAUUAAAUAAAUAUAUAUAUAAAUAAUAUAUAUAUAAAUAAUAUAAAUAUAAUUAAUAUAAAUAUAUAAUAUUGUAUUUAUAAAUGGUAUGUCAUUACAUUUAUUGUGUCUGAUCAGAUCAUAUUAAGUCCAAUAAAAAAAUAUAUAUCUUUAUAAUUAUUCAUCCUAAAGUUCAAAUCUAAUUAUGUUAAUAAUAAUUAUU